AUGGCGGAAGGCAGUAGUUUGAGACAGCCAGCCUGCCUAGAUGUUAAUGCAAGGAAUCUUAACGUAGAGUGGAAGAAAUGGAAGGAGGAGGCACUACUGUACAUUGACCUGACUGUGUCAGAUGAUGCCAAGAAACGCAGAAAAACGUUGCGGUAUCUCAUGGGUGACCAGGCACGUAAAGUCCAUGAUACAUUGACCAUCCAAAAGGCAGAUAAUGAUGGGAACAUGGUGGCGGUUGCCAAAGAAGAACAAACCGUCGAACAGAUUGUAGAAGCAUUCGACAAAUACUGCAACCCGAAACAAAACGAAACCAUUGAAAGGUACAAGUUCUUUACCAGAGCACAGCAAGCGGGUGAAGCGUUUGACGCAUACGCCACUCAUCUCCGAAACCUAGCAAAAUAUUGCGGGUUUGGAGCGAUCGAGGAGUCAGUGAUCCGAGACAGGAUCAUUUGUGGAAUCAACGAUGCCAAGAUAAGGGAGAGGCUACUGCGUGAGAAAGACUUGACCCUUGACAAAUGUGAGGGGAUAUGCCGUACAUCGGAGAUCUCCAUGCAAAAUGUGAGGAUGAUAGGGCCGACAGCCGUACAUGCUGUCCAACAGAAAACACAGGCAACACCCCAGAAGCCUAUGACCAACUGUAGGUACUGUGGAAAGAGACACCGACAGCAGAGAGAGGCUUGUCCAGCGUAUGGAAAACAGUGCUUGAAAUGUAAAGGCCAAAAUCAUUUCGCAAAGGUGUGUAAGAGUGCCGAUAAGAAACCUCGACAGGUUGGGAAGGCACAUGCUCACGCCAGGAAGACAAAAGUCCACGCUCUGGAAGAAGAUGACUACGUGAUGACCAUCACAGAUACAAGACUACGCACCGAGAACACGUUCAGUAUGUCCCACCCAAAGUAUGCAAAGCAAGUGCAUGCUAAGAUGAAGUUAGAAGGACGCAUGGUCAACUUUCAGCUUGACCUCGGAGCAACGUGUAAUGUGAUGCCGAAGCAGACAUUGCUCAGAAACAAGAUACAGUACAAGACAAGUGGAGCACAGAGAGUGUUGAAGAUGUACAAUAACUCAGAGAUAGUGUCAGAGGGAGAGACUGACCUGAAGAUGAUCAACCCCAAGACUGGGAAGAGGUAUGUGGUGAACUUUGUGGUCAUUGACUCGGACAGUAUGCCGUUGCUUGGAGCGAACGCCAUACAGCAGAUUGGAGUAGUGACUGUUCAUUACGAUAGAAUCCUAGCGAUCCGUGGUAGCAUACCCAUGGAUGAGACAAGCACUGUCAACAAGCCGUUGACAAAGGAGAGUCUGAUCCAAGAGUACAAAGAUGUAUUCACUGGGUUAGGAAGGCUGCCAGGAGAAUGUCAUCUAGAAACAGAUGACAGCAUCACACCUAAGGUCCACCCACCAAGAAGAGUGCCCGUAGCAAUAAAAGAGCAGCUCAAGACGGAGCUAGACAGAAUGACGAGAGAAGGAGUGAUAGAACCGGUGACAGUACCAACACCAUGGGUGUCAAGCCUAGUCACCGUGAGGAAGCCAUCGGGAAAGCUGCGAAUUUGCAUUGACCCAAGGGACCUAAAUAAAGCCCUCAAGGGAAGUCAUUAUCCAGCACCGACGAUUGAAGACAUAAUCCCAGAGCUAAGUAAAGCCAAGGUGUUCAGUGUCCUUGAUGCCAAGAAUGGCUAUUGGCAAGUAGCCUUGGACGAAGAAAGCUCAGUUCUGACGACGUUCAACACUCCCAAUGGACGCUAUAAGUGGAAACGCCUCCCCUUUGGGAUUAAAUCGUCCCAAUGGUCAAGGCCGAUUCGGACUGGAGAUGGGUAG